AUGAAGUGGAAAAUCCCACUGUCUCUCGUCGUCCACUGGACGGGGAUUGCCAACGCCGCAGCCCUCUCCAGUAACCCACCAUGUCCAACAGAUGCCAAAGUUGUCAUCGAACAGCAACCGUUCGCGAUCCAAUGUUCCGGGAGCAUCACCCUCUCGACCAGGACUAGGACCUACACUGAGUGGGUGACCACCACCGAUGUUGUCCAGGGUGGGACCACGUCAAAGGCAACGAUAGUUUACACCACUUCUAAUCCUCCUGGUCUUAUUACCGUCACUUCGACCGGCACUCAGACGGGAGCUACGACCAUUCCCCCAAAGAAUCCCGGCGAUCCGACCACUAUCGUCACCUAUGUUCCACCUCUGCCCACCGUCACUUCCCUCGACAGCACCGCCGGCGUGACUACUGUUCCGCCUGGUCCAAACGGUGGCCCAUCGACCGUGGUCACCUUUGCGACAGGCCCUGUCACGGUGACCUCGUCGGCAAAGACUACCGGCCUUACCACAGUUCCUGGUUCAAAUGGAGGUCCUCCUACCGUCAUCACUUUUGCCACCACCCCGUUGGUUCCAGUGACCGUAACUUCGACCGCUUCAGUCACCGGGUUGACAACUAUUCCUCCCGGACCGAACGGAGGCUCGCCCACUAUAGUAACCUUCGUGACACCCCCUGCUGCAGUCACGAUCACCUCUUAUGCCUCCACGACCGGCUUAACAACUCUGCCUCCUAGCCCGAACGGUGGCCCCCCAACUAUCAUUACCUUUAUGACUGGGCCUCCGGGUACGGUAACAAUUACGUCUUUUGCAUCAACUACGGGCCUGAGCACCCUUCCGCCCGGUCCUAGUGGCGGCCCGCCGACUGUCAUCACUUUUGCUACCACACCCCUAACCCCUGUGACUAUCACCCAGACGGCAUCCACGACCGGCUUGACAACAGUCCCUCCUGGUCCGAACGGCGGCCCGCCGACGGUUAUCACUUUUGCCACGGGACCUCUGCCUCCCGUGACGAUCACAUCGACAGGAUCAACGACCGGCCUGACCACGGUCCCGCCUGGUCCAAAUGGUGGUCCUACUACCGUCAUUACAUUCAUUACCGGUCCCCCACCAGUCACCCUCACAUCCACUGCGUCGAUAACUGGCUUGACUACCCUCCCAGUUGGACCUAACGGCGGACCUCCCACCGUUGUCACAUUCGUCACGCCUCCUCCUCAGACCCCCGUGACCAUCACCCAGACGGCAUCAACCACCGGCUUAACUACUCUUCCCCCGGGCCCUAACGGCGGCCCGCCGACAGUCAUUACCUUUGCUACCGGCCCUCCGGGUGUCACUCCUCCCGUCACAGUGACUUCGACCGGAAGUACCACCGGCCUCAUCACAAUCCCGCCCGGGCCGAACGGUGGCUCCACUACAAUCGUUACCUUGGUCACCGGUCCUCCGCCGGUUACGGUAACGUCCUUCGGAAGCACUACCGGAUUGACCACUUUACCUCCGGGUCCUAACGGAGGCCCGCCUACUAUUGUCACCUUCGCAACCACCACCCCGCCAGUGCCGGUCACAAUUACUCAGACUGGCACUACUACUGGGCUCACAACCGUUCCUCCAGGACCCAACGGUGGACCUCCCACAGUCAUCACUUUUGCAACGGGACCUCCUCCUGUGACUCUCACCCAGACUGCUAGCACAACCGGCCUGACAACGAUUCCCCCUGGCCCCAACGGCGGUGUCCCCACAGUCAUUACUUUCGUAACCCUUCCUCCAUUGACCCCUGUCACCCUCACUCAGACUGCGACCACCACUGGUCUCACGACAAUACCUCCUGGACCCAACGGAGGGCCACCAACAGUCAUUACAUUCGCAACGGGCCCUCCCCCCAUUACUAUUACUCGAACUGCCAGCACAACUGGUCUCACCACCAUUCCCCCUGGCCCGAACGGCGGCGUUCCUACUGUCAUCACUUUUGUAACCCUUCCGCCGCUGACUCCAGUGACUGUCACUUCAACUGGUACUACCACAGGUCUUACGACUGUGCCUCCUGGACCUAACGGUGGCCCCCCGACGGUCAUCACUAUCGUCCCAGGCCCGUCCCCGGUAACUCUCACUCAGACUGCAAGCACUACUGGUUUGACUACCGUUCCUGGCGGCCCCGGUGGUCCCAACACAGUCAUCACCUUCGUAACGACCCCGUCCCCGGUAACUCUGACUCAGACUGCAAGCACUACUGGCUUGACUACCGUUCCUGGCGGUCCCGGUGGUCCCAACACGGUCAUCACCUUCGUAACGACCCCGCCCCCGGUAACUCUGACUCAGACUGCAAGCACUACUGGCUUGACUACCGUUCCUGGCGGUCCCGGUGGUCCCAACACGGUCAUCACCUUCGUAACGACCCCGCCCCCGGUAACUCUCACUCAGACCGCCACAACUACCGGCCUUACAACUGUGCCCGGAGGACCCGGCGGCCCUAACACCGUUAUUACCUUCGUCACCGGCACUCCUCCAGUUACCGUCACUCAGACAGCCAGCACGACGGGCCUCACCACUUUGCCUCCGGGGCCCAAUGGCGGACCGACUACUGUAGUGACCUUCGUCACCGGCACUCCCCCAGUCACUGUGACCCAGACCGCCAGCACUACUGGUCUCACGACGUUGCCUCCCGGCCCCAACGGAGGACCGACUACCGUGGUCACUUUCGUUACUGGCACUCCUCCCGUUACCGUGACUCAAACCGCCAGCACUACCGGCUUGACAACCGUUCCGCCCGGUCCCAAUGGGGGUCCCACCACCGUGAUCACCUUCGUGACGAGCCCUCCCCCAGUUACUUUGACCUCCACCGCUACUACAACUGGCCUCACAACUUUGCCCCCGGGACCUAAUGGAGGACCUCCUACUGUGGUCACUUUCGUGACCACCACCCCCCCAGUCACAAUCACAUCAACCGGCACCAACACUGGCCUGACUACAAUCCCUCCUGGAACCGCAGGCGGACCUCCCACUGUGGUGACGCUCGUGACCACUACCCCUCCAGUCACCCUCACAUCCACCGGCACAACCACCGGUCUGGUCACGAUCCCCCCCGGCCCAAGCGGUGGUCCUCCUACCGUGAUCACCAUCGUACCUCGCAUCGGUAUCAUUCGGACUUUUACUCAGACCGCCAGCCAGACCGGCGUCACGACUUUAUCAAACUCCGAUCCCUUCGGCACGACUACCGUCAUCACCUUCGUCACGGUGCCUACUGGUGCUCUGACUACUGUCACUUCGACUGGUACCCGAACUGGAGCCACAACCAUUAUUCCCACGGAUCCGGCCGGCACUACUAGUGUCAUCACAUUCGUCCCGCUAGCGACCGGAUUCGUCACGACACUCGUGUCAACGGCAACCCAGACGGGCGUCACCACUUUGCCCCAGACGGACCCCACUGGCACAACAACCGUCAUCACUUUUGUCCCUGUGACGGGAGCCAUCACAACCCUCGUAUCGACGGGUACUCGAACAGGCGUUACAACUUUACCUCAGACAGAUCCCUCUGGAACAACAACUGUGAUUACGUUCGUUCCCCCCGUGACAGGCGCGGUCACAACUCUUGUAUCGACAGGCACGCAAACGGGUGUCACAACCUUACCCCAGACGGAUCCAUCGGGCACAACAACCGUCAUCACUUUUAUCCCUCCCGUAACAGGUGCGGUCACAACUCUCGUGUCGACAGGCACGCAGACGGGUAUCACAACUUUACCUCAGACGAAUCCCUCUGGAACAACAACUGUGAUUACCUUCGUUCCCCCCGUGACAGGCGCAAUUACGACUCUCGUUUCAACGGGCACGCAGACAGGCGUCACGACCUUGCCCCAGACAGAUCCCUCUGGUACAACGACGGUGAUUACUUUCGUUCCCCGUAUAACAGGCGCGAUCACGACUCUUGUCUCUACGGCUACCCAGACGGGCGUUACGACUUUGCCCCAGACAGACCCUUCCGGUACUACGACCGUCAUCACUUUUGUUCCUCCUGUUACUGGCGCAAUUACGACUCUUGUCUCUACGGCUACCCAGACUGGCGUAACUACUCUGCCCCAAACCGACCCGACUGGCACGACUACCGUGGUCUCGUUCGUACCCCCAGUCACUGGCCUCGUAACUACCGUGGUCUCGACAGGUACCCAGACCGGCGUGACUACACUACCCCAAACUGAUCCGGCUGGCACGACCACCGUAGUGUCAUUCAUACCUCCGGUCACUGGUGUCGUAACUACCGUGGUCUCAACAGGAACGCAAACUGGUGUAACCACUCUACCCCAGACUGACCCUGCCGGCACGACUACCGUGGUCUCGUUCGUACCUCCGACGGGCGCCGUGACGACCGUAAUCUCAACAGGAACUCAGACUGGCGUGACGACCUUGCCCCAAACCGACCCGGCCGGCACGACUACCGUCGUCACUUUCACGACGCCCAUCACCGGUGCCAUAACGACUAUCGUCUCAACGGGUACCACGACCGGCGUGACCACCCUCCCCCAGACCAACCCGGCCGGCACAACCACCGUCGUCACUAUCACGACGCCCAGCUGCACCCCGGGACUCCGAUGGGCCUACUACGGCUUCUCCCGCGCAGCCUCCGACACCGUUAGCACAGCCGGUCGCAUCCCCUACCACAACAACGACGACACCUCCAAGGCGAACUGGAAGACCACCUACUUCAACAUUCCAACUGUCCUCAAUGGCCAGACCCCGAGCAACACGGGCUACACCACGACCAUCGGCCUCGCCCAGCAGUGCGACACCACCACCCGGACGGUAUACGGUACAACGACAAGCGGCCAGUCCAACUUCAUGAUCGUUCAGCACAUCGGCUACUUCCACCCUCUCACCACCGGCACCUACACUUUCAGCUUCAGCGGCGUGGAUGACGGCGUCUAUCUCUGGCUCGGCCAGGGAAGUGCCGCAAAGACGGGCUUCACCAACGCGAACGCGCAGAAGAACGUUGAUUACUAUGACACGAGCAGCUCCGGCACGUACACGUUCGCGGCAACCGCGGGGCAGUACUACCCCAUCCGUCUCCUCUUCGUCAACGCUCAGCAGUGUGGUCUGUUCAAUUUCUCGCUCACGAACCCCUCCGGUGGCGUCGUCGUCUCCAACACCCAGGCCGUCACGAACAACCAGCUCGUGUUCAGCUGUCCCACUGUCGCAGACGCUCAACCAUUCAAUUUCUAA